UGACAACAACUUCUCGCGUGCAUGACUCAGGCAAUGGGUGACUUGAGAUAAGUCUCUUGCUUUCCUUGAGGGUUUACACCACAAGAAUGUCCAUCCAGCAGAUCUCGCCCGCAUUAAGCGAAGAGCAUGGCAAAGUCGUCAGCUGCCGAGAGCGGCUGAUCGAAGACCGGCAGCAUGACAUCUUGGCGAUGCGCGACAAAAUUGAUAGGCUAGCACCGGUGGGAUUGCCAUUCGGCGUGUCCGCCAUGAUGUCGCCAUGGCCCAUCUACUUUCCCCGUUCCGUGCUAGAACGACUUGAGCAAGUCCAGGAGGCGCUUCACGCUGCGUCUGUCGAUGUUGUAAACCGUUGGUACGAAGAAGGGUCCAGCUUCCCUGCCAAGAUGCCUCUGGAGCCGCAUGAGGACGAGCUGCUGCGGUGGUACGUGCGAUGUGCUGAGCCGUAUUCGGAUAGGCUUGGGUGUUAUCGCCCCGAUGUCCUGUUUGAAGACAAGAGCGAGGAUGUACAGAUCUGCGAGAUAAACGGUCGCUUCCCCUUCAAUGGCUUCUUAAUAAGCGCCCUCUCUUGCACCUCUGCCCUCUCCGAUCCUACGUCGCUCGCAGCAAAGGCAAACCUGCGACCUGGAAGUCGAAUGGAUGUAAUGGAGUCAGCGAUCCUGAGCCUCUUCGACCUGAAGAAGCCGAUUCACAUCGUCUUUCAGCGCGAGACGUGGCCGGGCGCCGACAUUCACAAGGUCAAGGAUUUGCUCGAGGAAAUGGAGGUGGAUGUGCGCUACGUGGUUCCCGCGAGCCUGAUUAUCGACAACGAGGACCGUCUCUACGCAAUCGACGAGCACGGCUUGCGUUCAGAAGUGUUACAAGUGAGCCUCGAAGUGGAGCAAGCCGAGCUCCGCUAUUUGCCGCAGGUGGUACUUCAGGCCUUGGCGGUACGGUGCAGGAGCAAUGAUGUGAGGACGGUCUUCCUCGUUCAUGACAAGCGCUUUCUCGCUGUCCUCCUUGAGCAGCUCGAGUCGCAGGUGGACAGGGGUAUUCUCAGCCCUCGUCAGGCAAAGCUUCUUCAAGACGUCAUCAUCGAGAGCCACCUGCCGUCUUCGUCCGAAGCAGCUCGGGUGCUCGAUGAAUGCGAAAGAAUACCGAGCGCGAAAGAUGCUUACGUGCUCAAGGCGAUUCGGAGCGGUCGCAACCAGGGGCACACAUUUGGCUUUGCCGUCGAUCAGCACGAGUGGCUCGAUAAACUUCGUCAAAUGGUCAAAGCCAACGAAAAGAUGGCGUCACAGGUACUACAGCGCUUCGUCAAACAGCGGAGAUACCCCAUCAUCCGUCACCACAUCGACCCGACUCAGACCGCUGACUUUAGCCUCGUGUCAUCGUACUGCGUCUGCAACGGUCGUUUUCUCGAUAUGGGCCCUACACGUAUCCGAUCGGGUCACCUUUCCGAGGGGAAAGGCAGCGUUUUCUUAGGCAGCGUGACAGAUGUAAGCUGAGGACCAUGGGUAGGCUUGAAGCCUCCCUUCAACAUUUCUUCAAACCACAA